UGCUUGUUUUUAUCUACAGUGUCAUUAUCAAAUAAAAAACAAGGGUUAAUCAAGAAAUUAACGAAUGUAUUGAUUUAUGUAUGAGUAGUUUUUGUUAGUGUUAAAAGUCAACAUUGGUCACGUUAAAAAUUAAUCAUUACAUUCAGUGGAACUAAAAAAAGCACGUAUACACUACGUAUAUUGUUAUUUUCUUCGCAGCGUUUGUGUUGCAUGUGUCAUUCCUUAUAAAAUACUUUCAUCAUUGUAUUUUGCAUCGACAACUUUGAACGAAGGUUUCCUAUUAUGUCUCUGGACGAGAGAUUUAAUACAGCAGCUAUAGCAGUAAAAGAACUAGCUGCACAACCAGCAGAUGAGGACUUACUUGAAUUAUAUGCAUUGUACAAACAAUCUAUCAUUGGUGAUUGUAAUACAGAGAGACCAGGCAUGUUGGAUUUUAAAGGAAAAGCUAAAUGGGAUGCUUGGAAUAAUAAGAAAAAUAUGUUAUCAGAAACAGCAAAAGAGCAAUAUAUCGCUAAAGUGGAAGCAUUAAUUGCAUCAAUUGGAAAGAAAUAACUUGUCAACUAUUUCUUUGUGUACACAUAUAGAAUUAUACUUCAUAAAAUUUUUUUAUUUUUAAUAGCAAGCACUAGGAGUAUUGCAAUACACACGAAUAAAUGAUUGUAUAUUGUUUAUAGAUACAAUAAAACACCAAUUCCUAUUCUGCAA